CAAAGCAAAAGACGCCUCAACCCAAGACGUGACCUCAUCCAAACCCCAAUACAUGAAAGCCGCCUGCUCAACCGGUGAUUUCGCCAUGCAAAACGUCAUGCUCCAAAUGGGUCUCAACCUCAUCAACUACGAAUCCGGUGCACGCAUCAAGACGGUUAAGACCUGGGUUAUGAGAUGUCAUGCAUGCUUCAAGAUCACGAGAAAGAUGAACGAGAAGUUUUGCCCGGGGUGUGGUGGUGCGACGCUCAUGAGGACGUCGUGUGCGACGGAUUCAAAUGGUAACUUCAAGGUGUUUUUGAAGAAGAACAUGCAGUGGCACACCAAAGGAAAUGUGUACUCACUCCCUAAACCCACGGCGGGCAGAGCGAACCAGAAGGGUGUGUUCAAUCCCAUCCUGAGAGCAGACCAGAAAGAGUACGAGAGAGCACAAAAGCGACACUCGAAGAAGAAGGAGGUGGAUUUGUUGGAUCCGGAUUGGAUGCCUGGGUUGUUGAGUGGACAGAGGGGUGGGCCUGGCCAGCAGGGCGUUAAGAUUGGCAUGGGAAGAAAUAUCAACGAGAGGCAGAAGAGGACUGGGAGGAAGAAGUCGUAGAUGAUGGGAAAGGGGAGUUGGAGGUGAAACAGGACGCUUAGUAGCCCGUUGAUCGGGGCA